AUGGCUCCUAUUAAUGGUAAAAGAGAAACACGAAAUGACAAAAAUCGACUUGAGGAGCGAGCUAAGCAAUGGUUGACGAAAGGGGGAAUUUUCCGCGAAGACUCCGAUGACGAGCUUGGAUAUGAGGAUCAUCCGUGGGAAUGGAUAUAUGAGGCAGAGCCAACUGCAAGCAAUGACUCUGAUUUAAAUGGUUCUGAUGAUGAGCUUGACUGCGUGUCACCUACAAAACGCAAAUCCCCACGACGGCCACAAAGAAAAGCUGUGACUAAAAAAAUCAUAGGGGCAAAGAUGGGGUCAUUUGAGUGCAGGCUGGGCGAAGCCGUGUUGUUAAAAUCACCAGAGCCUGGGAAGGAUUGGGCAGGUAUAAUCUGCGAGUUUUUGGAAGAAAAGCAAAAAGAGGACGAAGACGAAGAUGAAGACGAAGAUGAUGACGGUGUCCACGCUGGGCAGAUGGUCAAAAGCGCCAAUAUCAUGUGGUUUGCAUCGCCCGACGAAUUUAUGUCAACGAAGAACAAGAAGCGCACUGAUGCGCUGCCAAACGAACAGUACAUAACCAUAGAUUUUAAUGUUAAUCCAUUGACGUCAAUAGAUGGGAAAGCAAUUGUCCUAUCUAGAGGCGCUUUUGAACAGCGAUAUCCGAAUGGGAUCCCGCCCAAAGGCAAAACAGCACUGGCAGAGUAUAACAAGUGUAUCAUUUGCCGAAGGGGGGUCAAUCAGCUUCAAGGAAAAUAUACAGAGGAAUUUUUAUGGGAAGAUAUCUACAAUGGGACUGAAGAAGGUGUGUUUCGACUCAUCGAUUUCAUCAAGUCUGGUCUCAAGAGAUCUCGAAAGAGAAAGGAGGUGGAUGACGAAUACGCAAAUGUCAAGGAAGAAGUUGGAACGCCGAGCACCCCUAAAAAACGACAGAGAACUGUUUCCGUUGCAGGAACACCACAAUCUCGACGACACCAAAAAGUUCUCUCCACCCCGACUCAUAGAAGGAUUGUUGUCAAGAAAGCCGUGGAAUUUACCCCAUUAGGAACUCGGAUCCUAGAUACCUCUCAUUUUACAUCUUCCCCAUAUCGACAAGCACGCAACCUUCUGCACGUUUCAAGCGUCCCAACUUCCCUUCCUUGUCGGGACAACGAAUUUAACACAGUAUAUAAUUGUCUGCGCGUUGCUAUCACCGACGGCACCGGAACGUGUAUUUACAUAUCUGGCCCUCCUGGCACUGGGAAAACAGCCACAGUCCGAGAGGUUAUAGCUCAACUUAAUUCAUCGGUACUCUCAGAAGAAUUGGAUGAUUUCGUCUUUGUUGAGAUUAACGGCAUGAAGGUUACAGACCCACACCAGUCCUACUCCCUACUCUGGGAGGCUCUGAAGGGUGAUCGAGUGUCACCCUCUCAUGCACUCGACCUUCUGGAAAGGGAGUUUUCCCAUCCGUCUCCUCGUCGAGUGCCAUGUGUCGUUUUAAUGGAUGAGCUAGACCAGCUCGUUACUAAAAAUCAAUCUGUUAUGUACAAUUUUUUCAACUGGCCAGCGUUACGAUACUCCCAUCUGAUUGUGUUAGCUGUAGCCAAUACUAUGGACUUGCCCGAAAGAACUCUCAGCAAUAAGAUAUCAAGUCGCCUAGACCUGACACGAAUUACAUUUUCUGGUUACAAACACCAAGAACUAAUGGAAAUCAUUGGAUCUCGCCUUAGUAACGUGCCCGGAAACAUUGUUGACCCAGACGCCGUGCAAUUUGCGAGCCGGAAAGUAGCAGCAGUUAGUGGAGACGCACGACGUGCCCUGGAUAUAUGUCGCAGAGCAGUGGAAAUCGCAGAACAAGCCAGCGAAACAGCAGCAAAAGUAAAAAUGAAAGCAAUGCUCUCUAACCAAAACGGGAUUGACAUGGAUGAUAUGGAUACCAGCUGCCUUUCCCCAUCACCAAGCAAAAGCGCAUCACGCCGAAACCGUGCAGCAGGUAAACGCACCGCCUCUACAGCCACUGGCACUGGCAAGCUACCGCGAAUCGCAAAAGAUGAAUCAGAACCCCUCCCGCGCGUCACCAUCGCAACCAUCAAACAGGCAAUACAAGAAGCAACCUCCACCCCUCUACAACAGUCCCUACGCUGUCUCCCAUUGGCAGGCAAAGUAUUCCUCGCAGGCCUAUUAGCCUGCAUCCGCCGAUCCGGCAUCACGGAAUCCACCUUCGGUGACAUUCUCGAUGAAGCAAAGCGGAUAGCCGAUGCAGCAGUCGCAGUCGCAGGCGCCACCAGCAACAACCUGAAGCAGUUUUUAUUUCAGAAAGGAAGCGAUGUGCGCAGAUCGCGCGUCUGCGCGAUGCGGUUUGCGGCGGUGGAAUUGAUGAAUUUUGGUAUUUUGGUGCUGGAGGGGGAGUUGGGGGCUAAGGGAGGUGGUUCUGGGAUGGGAUAUACGUUGGGGGGAUGGGAUAGGAGUGGGAAGGUGAGGUUAAGGAUUACGUCUGAUGAUGUGAGGGCUGCUUUUCGGGAGGAUGUGGAGGCGAAGAUGUUGGGGUUGGGUUUUGAGCAGUGA